CCCUAAAUUCCUAAUGGCAACUCAAAAAACCCUAAGUCUCCUCCUCCUCACAUUAGCAGCACUAUCCAUCACCUCCAAUGCCGGCAUCGGCAGCAUCGUCGUCUACUGGGGCCAAAACGGCUAUGAAGGCUCUCUGGCAGAGGCAUGCUCGACAGGAAACUAUGACAUAGUGGUUCUGGCUUUCCUUUACCAGUUCGGCAACUUCCAGACUCCGGGCCUCAACCUUGCAGGACACUGUGACCCUACCUCUGGUGGUUGUGUUAGUGUUGGCGUUGAUAUCAAGGCUUGCCAAAACAAAGGUAUCAAGGUGUUUCUCUCUUUAGGUGGAGCCUCCGGCAGCUACACACUUGUAUCAACUGAAGAUGCUCAGCAGGUGGCUGACUACCUUUGGAACAACUACCUCGGAGGGUCAUCGUCUUCUCGGCCACUCGGAGAUGCUGUUUUAGACGGUAUUGAUUUCGAUAUCGAGGGUGGAACUACUCAACACUGGGAUGAGCUUGCUCAGAUGCUCUAUGACUAUAGUCAACAAGGACAAAAGGUGUAUUUAUCAGCGGCUCCACAAUGCCCAUACCCGGAUGCAUGGAUGGGCACAGCACUCGCUACCGGACUUUUCGACUACGUCUGGGUGCAAUUUUAUAACAAUCCUCCAUGUCAGUAUUACUCCAGCAACGCUGUUAACGUGCUUAACUCUUGGAACCAGUGGACAUCAAGUGUGACGGCUACUAAAUUCUUCGUGGGGUUGCCGGCGUCACCGGAAGCCGCUGGAAGUGGGUACAUGUCACCAGACGCGCUAGUCUCUCAGGUGCUCCCUAACAUCAUGUAUUCAGACGAGUAUGGGGGUAUCAUGCUUUGGAGUCGUUACUAUGAUCUUUUAAGUGGGUAUAGCUCUCAAAUUAGGCAUGUUAAUUUGGUGUCGUCACCAGGGAAUACCUCUGCAAUCAGGGCUAGUGCUUGAUCAGUACUGUUGUAAGGCCUUCACCAUUGUAAUGGUGAAGGGAGUAAUAUUAUAAUAAAGAGCAAGAGUACUUGUUCUACUGUUUUUAUUCAAAAAGUUUAUAGUA